UCAAAAAAGCUGUGACCCUCACUUAAAAAUACUGAACUCAAGAGAACUCACAAGAGAAACUCAAGAGGACCAAACAUGACAGCAGGCCGACUAGUGCUGCUUCUCUGCCUCACUCAUCCACAAGCAGGUAAAUGUGGUGUCCCACAUAUUGUGUAUUCAAAGGAAAGAGAUUAUGUGAAACUGCCAUGUGAAAAUGUAAUUGCUAAAGACUGCUCUACAACUACAUGGCUCUAUAGCACCUCUGGAACCAGAUCAACUGUUGAAGUGGUCAACCGUGGGAAAAUCAAAUCUGACAACACAAACAUAGCAGACAGACUGAAGCUAGAGCCGGACUGUUCUCUCAAAAUUAUCAACAUCACCUCUCAGGAUGCGAGACAGUACAUCUGUCGACAGUUCCUGACGGAAGAUGGAAACCAAAAGGGAGAAGACAGUCUUGUUUAUCUUUCUGUACUCACAGUUUCCUCCUCAAUUCCAGCAUCAGAGAUGAAGGCUGACACCAAUGUGACCUUCUACUGCCAUUUGACCAUCCAUGACCGUAUACAGAAUGACAAGGGUGACACAAAGAUAGUGUGGACUGGCUUUAACCAACGUCGGGUCAAGGACGAGUAUCCAUAUAAUAUCUCAUUCACACGAACAUUGACAAAAGAGGACAAAAAUAGGAAGCUGCAGUGUAAAGUGGAAUCGAAGGGAGAGCUCAAAGCCACUCUGGACUACAUCAUCAAUCUACAAGGUCAAGAUGGCUCUCACCCUGUGGGCUUGAUAGGUGCUGUGGUUGGGGCUGUAGCUGUGGCUCUGUGUGCAUUUCUAAUAUUUCUCUGGAGGAGAAAAAAAGCAAAGCGCGAAACAGCAAAUGUGAGGUCUGAGAAUGUGAGCACAAAUGUACCAAAGGAGAAAACUGAACACGAGAGGAAAACAUCAGGACAAUCAAAACAGGCUCCGGGAGACCAGGGAGUCACCUAUGUGGAAAUUACCAUCACAGCAAACAUCAGGAAAAGCUCAGAUAAACCCACAGCCCAACAUGAGACGGAGUAUGCCACCGUCAAGACUAUGUGCUGAACACACCACCCCACACUGCAGGUGGUACUGUAAAUACAUAUUUUCCUACAGUGUAAUUAAUGUACAUUUCUCGGU